CGCCUUCACACGGUGCGCUUGUUGUCAUGGCGAUGGAGUCGUCCCCGGGACGUGUUGCCAUGGAGAUGCCGGUGCGAGGUGCGCUCCCGGUGGUGGAGGAGGACGAGGGCUCGUGCUUCCCGCCACUUCACGGGUUCGAGGAGCGGCUACGGUACCGAGGUGACGGCGGCGGAGGGAGACGGCGACGACGCGGGGUGCCGUUCAACCGGGCCGGCUAUUACAUGCUGGUCGUGAUCGGCGAGAUCGGUACCGAGUACCAACUGGACGCCGCCAGAGCUCACAUCGAGUCCGGAAUCCGAUCUUGGGACGUGGACCUCAACUGCUGCGACCUUGAGCAGCAACUGCAGUUGUUUAUAACGCGCCACUCCGCCCAUUUCUCCUCGGACAUCAAAGGACAAAGGACUCUAUACCACAGAAGUGAUGUGCUAGAGACGGUGGUGCUCGUCAACCCUUCACAAGACACUGUCGUAUCAGAGAUCCAAUAUCUGAUCACCGAUUCGGCGGGACACAAGCUUUUGAUCUUGAGUGGUCAUAGCUCGGAUCACGGAGGCCUUCUUCUUCAAACAGGGGUUUUCACCUACGAGACCUUUGCGAGUAUCAUUGCUGAUCCUGCGGUCAGUGAGAUACUUGGCCCAUCAAUCCCCAAGCAGCAGGCUACACUUACUGUGUCCUGCCACGGGGAGGUGGGCUGGAGCUCCCUGGGACAGCAACAGACCCUGCGAGAGUUCCUCCAAUAUAAACUAAACCCUGAGCUUGUAGUCCCCAAGAUGGAGGGGGUCACCGAGUUCACAGAGUACAUCUCUGCAACGGUUGACGUUCCUUCACCUUUUGACCUUCUGGAGCCACCAACAUCGGGCGGCUUCCUGAAACUGUCCAAACCAUGCUGCUACAUCUUUCCUGGUGGACGUGGAGACUCUGCACUCUUCGCCGUGAACGGCUUCAACAUCUUAGUGGACGGUGGCUCAGAGCGGAAAUCCUGCUUCUGGAAGCUCGUCCGUCACCUGGACCGCAUCGACUCCAUUUUGCUCACACACAUCGGCGCUGACAAUCUCCCAGGGAUCAAUGGGAUCCUGCAGAGAAAGAUAGCGGAACAGGAGGAGGAGAAAUCUCAAGGCUCCACCAACUAUAGUACAUGGAUCAAGAACCUGAUCUCUCCAGAACUUGGCGUGGUGUUUUUCAACGUACCAGAAAAGUUACGCAUGCCAGAAUCCAACCUUAAAGUCAAACGAAGCAUUGAAGAGGCCUCUUUGACUUUACAGUAUCUUAACAAACUGGGACUGAAGCCAGAGCCUCUCUUUCGAGUUGUCAGCAACACCAUUGAACCCAUUACUCUGUUCCACAAGAUGGGAGUGGGCAGGCUGGAUAUGUAUGUUCUCAAUCCUGUCAAGGAAAGCAAAGAGAUGCAGUUCCUCAUGCAAAGGUGGGCUGGCAACAGUAAGGCCAAAACUGGUAUUGUGUUGCCAAAUGGAAAAGAAGGAGAAAUAUCAGUGCCCUACCUGACAUCAGUUACUGCCUUAGUUGUCUGGCUUCCCGCAAACCCGUCAGAAAAGAUUGUCAGAGUUCUCUUUCCAGGAAAUGCACCCCAAAACAAAAUCCUGGAAGGCCUGGAAAAGUUAAAGCACCUUGACUUUUUGCGUUAUCCUGUAGCUACACAAAAAGAUAUUGCAUCAGGAGCUCCUCCCUCUGUCGUAAAACAGACAAAGUUAAAACAAAGGGCCGACAGCAAAGAGAGCCUAAAAUCUUCCCCAAAGACCACCACAAAGCUCAACAAGGAAAAGGUAGAAGGACAAGAUGAUGUGGUAGUCGGUACCGAGACAAAGAGUCUAUCUGUGAAAGAAAAUGUAUCUGUGAAAAAAGAUCAGAAAAAGCCCAUCAAAACCAUCAAAACUAAAACUGACAUGCCAGAGAAGAAGAAACUUCUGAAAGAAAAAUCCAUGAAAAAACACUCCAAGGAAAGGGUGUCAAAGAUGGAUGAGAAAAAAGACAAGGAGAAAAAAGAGAUCAAGAAAAUAAAGAAAGACGAGUCUUCCAAAAAAGAUGAGAAGAAAGAUGUGAAGUCCAAAGAGGACAAGAAGAAAGAGACAUCUAAACCUGAGCUGAGAAAAAUAGCAAAGCCUGACCUCAAACCUCUCACGCCAGAAGUCCGAAAGACUUUACACAAAGCUAAAGUGUCAAGUAAAACAAAGACUGGAAAAACAAAACCAGUGAAGGCUGAAGCAGCUGAACCAAAGCCAGAGGAACCAAAGACUUGCGAAGGAAAAGAAAGCAGAACAGAAAGCAUUCAACUGGAGCCAGCAUGUAAUAGAGGCACAUUUGGUCCCUCAACUGAAGAUCUCACCGAGGAUUUUCAACGGACCAAAACUGAAGCUGUAGCUGAUCUAGCAGAGCCAUCAGGCAAUGAUGUGGUUACUCUGCAGAUGACUGCUCAAAGCCUUACCCAAGAGAAGCCAGCAGAAGCACCAGAAACUGAACUCCUGUCGGCGAUAGAGCCUCCUGAUAAGGAGCUACCAGUACCACUGAAAGUUGGGGGAGAGGCGAAAUAUGAUGAUAACAAAGACAUGGAAGAGACAGAAAUGUUUGAGGAUGAGGGAGCUGCAUCCCAGGAUGAGGAGGAUGGCGAAGAAGAGGCCGCAACUGCUGAGGCAAAGAGUGAGGAAGAGGAGGAUAUGGGCAUUGGAGAAGAAGAAGACGAGUUCCAAUUGAAGGAGCAUGAUGGUAUCGACAGAAAAAGUGAGACUGAAGAAAUGAAGGUUAACACAAAAGAGGAGGAAGAGGACGAAGAGCCAGUUGAAAAGGCUGAACUGGAGGAGGUGGAAGAUCUCGACGUGAUAGCAGAUGAAGAGCUCAGCAGCGAAGGUGUGGCUGAAGAACCAAUGGUCGGUGAGAGUAAAAUAGACACCUUGACCACAGCCCAACAUGAAGAAGAGGAGGAGGAAGACGGCUACCUUUCACAUGUGGGAGGGGCAACAGCUCCCAUAACCACAGUUGCACAAGGAGUCGUAGAGCCCAUCUCCUAUAUCCAAGACGAGACCAUUCCAGGCUACUCUGAGACAGAACAAACCAUUUCUGAUGAGGAAAUCCAUGAGGAAGCAGAGGAGAAGAUACCACACCUUCAAUAUGACGUUUGCAUGUAUGACAUCUCAGUUCCAGAUGAAACUGGGUCAUUUGUAAACAUUCAGGGCAUGAGGGAGAUGCAAGCUACAGCCAUGGGGACUGGGAAAGCUUCCAUCCCAGGCGUGCAGGAGCAGCUAUCAAUGUUCACCAACAUCUUCACUGCCCCUCUAGCGGAAGAAGAGCAUGUGUCCUCUGCAACGUCCAUCACAGAGUAUGACAAACUGUCCUCUCUCCCCACUUCUAUUGCCGAAGACCAGUCUGUUGCGUCCACUGUAGCGCCUGAAGAACCAGUCAAAAUCAGAUCUACUGAUGCAACUCGAGAGAAAGAGCUUCUCUCAUCCGGAACGCUUUCACCGUCGUCUCUUGAAGAGAAGUCUCCUUCUGCUGACUUACAGCUUCCUCUUGAAGAAACAAAGAUGGCUGUUAAGGCUCCUGUUUUCCAUGAUGAUGAUGACGAGGAAGAAGAGGAAGAUCAAACUCCUAAUAUAGAUAUCUCACUAGAAAAACUCCAGGAGGGCUAUGCUUCAUCGCAAAUAAUAAAGAGACAAGACAAAGAUGUUGAAAAGCAUCCGGACUCUUCAUCUCCUGUUUCCAAGUCUCUAGAAGAGGACAAACCAGUCCACAGUCCACCAGCUGAGGAGGAGAGUGUAGCUGUGGUGGCCCCAAAAGGUGAUUCAUCAGUUAUUCCUACCAGGCCGUUUGGUUCAGACUCAGUAACCUCAGAGAGUGAGGAACGUUGUUUCAGUCCUGAUGACAUCACUGUGAAAAUGGCAUCCCCGACUCAGUCCGGACCACCUAGUGCCACUCAUUCUCCUCGUCAUUCAACAGUUGGAGCAUUCCCAGAUUUGGAACUCCCGAUGCUUGCCAGCACAACUGAAGACCAAACCUUCAAGGACAGGGAAGUAGUUGAAAAAGACAUAAAGCAGGAACUGCAUGCCGUUGAAGUUUCAGCAUUGUCAGAUGAAACAUUUGACAAGGACUUGAAGGAGGUUGUACCUGUCAAAGAGCCAGAAAAAGGCAAGCAGACAGAAACAACGAUAACAGAAGCAUCUUCAACCAAAGUUCAACCACCUUUGUCAGGAUCGGCUUCUCCCACCUUAUAUCAACAAACAUAUAAGGAAAAUAAAGCACUGUCACAUGCUCACUCUGCAGAAAGAGACACCGAUUUGCUUGAUGGUGAUGAAAAUAAGAAGAAAGAUGGUGAAGGCGGCGAUAGAUCUGAAGUUACAACCAUUCUUGCAGCGGAACCAAAAGACAAGGAGAACGAUAAACAUGCCUCCGAACUGCAAGAACUGAAGCAUGACCAGAAAUCCGAAUCUGCACUGCAGGAAGAUGUUUGCACUGUUGAAGCCAUAACAGAUCAAAAGUUCGAGAAAGUUGCUCAUACUUACAAUGUUAAACCUGUGAAAGAAGGUGAUGAUGGUGCCAUGAAAGGCGAUGUUAAAGAGCUGGCAAAGGAUACAACUGCUGUUGCUGAAUUUCCCAAAGAAGAAAUGGGAGGUGAAGACUCGGACCUCAAAAUCACAAGUGAAGUUACAACGACACAAACUGCUGUGACUGGGAGUAAAAUGAUGAAACAAAAGGAGAGCAACGAGGAGGGAACGUUUGACUUCAUGGCGGCAAAACCUGAAGAAAAGCAGAUUCAAAGUGUCCACCUCACGGUGCUGGCAAAAGAUGUGAUGGAGGAAGAGGCAGAAGAGAAUACAUCCCUCACAGAGCCUUGUGAGGAUGAAAAACAAGAGAGGAUUGAAAAGGAAGAUAUUCUAUUUACUCAACUCACCAAAGAAGACAGUGUUUGUACUGCUUCAUCAUCGACUGUUGAGCACAUUACUGCCAAAGUGAAAGAUCAGGAGCUGGAGGAAGAUAUUCAUUUGAAAGACGAUCAUCUUUCGGACGGACUAGCAAAAUCACAACAAUCACUAGUAAAAAAGGAUGUCAAAGAAACAGAAAAGGCGUUGGGUGCCCUUUCUGAAGAUAAAGUCAGCAUAGAUGACACCGUGCAAGAUUAUGUUUGUGCUGUUAAAGUCAUGGAAAAGGAUGAGGAUAAGGUGGACACCUUCCCUGUCCAACCAUCCAGGGAGAAAGAGGUGACAACUGUGGAUCAAAGGGUUGGCAUCGAAUCUAUGGGAGAAGAAAGAGAUCCAGAAACAAUUAAAGGUGGAAUAGCUACCAAAUCCACUCCAGCGGAGGAAUGUAAAUAUUCUUUUGAUGUAAAACAAACCAUAGAAGUGGACAAGAAGGUUGAUUUGGAAGAAAAAGUCAACAAGGAAGAAGCUAAAGAGACACAGAAGGAUGAAGCUUAUGAUGAACAGAUCAAGCUUGAUGGUGAGAAAAAUGAAAAAACUGAAGAAAAGACUGAUAGCUCUGGUGUUGUGUCUGAUGUAGCUGAGAAAGAGGAGAUGCAAAAAGAUGUCAAUGUUACAUGUGUCCAAACUAUGGAGGAUGAAAAGCAGGAAAAGAGUGCUGUUAGCGACAUACAGAGUGAAAUACCAGAGACUAAAAAGCUGAAAGAAGAUGACACCUCUGUUGGCAAAGUAUUUCUUGAUGCAAAAGACAAACAAACGGAAACAGAUAGCACCAAAACCGAAAAGGACAACAUAGUAGAGCAUAUGGAGAAUGUAAAAGAGAUAAAGGUAAAAGCUGAAGAUCUCAAUGAGAAAUUGAAAGAUGUAGUAAUUGAAGAUGAUGAGUCCGGACUGUGUCCGAGUAGAGACAAACAUGACUCAAAGAAGGAGUCAUAUCCUCCGUGUAACACCCAACAGGUUAUAAUGAAGCAUGAUUCUACUUCGGAGGCUGAUGUUAAGACAGAUGAUGAGGUUGUCCAUUCUGUAGCCCAAGCCAUGGAAGAAGAGACUGAUACCAAGAAGAUGCUUGAAGAAACCUCUUACAAACUGACUGCAGCUUCCAGAGAGGAGGAUGCACUGGUGGAAAAACAGCAGGAAUCCAUGGAAGUUUCAUCACGUAAAGACCAGCAAGCAGUGCAUCCUGACAUUUGUGAGUCCCUUCACAAGCAGGAAAAACAGCGUGACGAAGGAGCUAAGGCCAUUAUCAGCGCAAGUGAGAAGAAAGAGAAAGAAAAAGAUGAUUCACACAUUGCCGAAUUGAAUAAGGAAAAGAAGAUGGAGAAGGAACAAGAGAAAGAGAUGACCUGUGAGACAGAAGAGCUCCAGGAGCAAGAGACAAAGGCAGACAAGACAGAAAAGAUGAAGGAAAGUUCUUCGUCUGACAUGAAGGUUGAAGACAUCAGCGAGAAAGAGCAGUCUGAAGCCAAGGUAGAGAAAUGGGAGCGAGAGGAGUUACAAGAGAAGGACCUUGAUAAAACCUCAAAACAAUCUGCACAGACCGCAUUCACAGAAGCAGCGUUGGGUUCAAAGUCUGACUACAAGCCCAACUUCCAGGUUCAGUCCUCAGAAGAAGAAAGGGAAGAUGAAGAGGAGGAGUAUAUUUGUAUGGGCUCCAGACCUUUGUCAGUGGAGCUGAGAAAAUCAGAAGAUGACACCAUGUCCCAAACAGCCCGGUCAAGUGAUCAAAUUAAACAGUCCACACCCGGACAAACCAUAAUAGUCAUACCUACACUUACAAUGCAGGAGCCUUCACUGGACGAAGACGUUAAAGAUGUUUUAACCGAAGAACUAAUUCUUUCUUCGCAUACUGCGGAAACUGGAACGCCUGCACCGAUUGCCCACCCGGAGCCAUCUUUUACUAGUGACACAACUUCUAUUCCAAAACAAGAGCCAUUAUUUGAUGUAUCAGACUCUAAGACAAAACAAGACUCCAGCUUGACAGAGACAAAGCCUGAAUUGUCAGCAAUAUCCAGCGCUGAAAAUAGAAGCACUGGGAGCCCAGCCACAGACCAGCCUCAAAUAAGUUCCGAGACCAUGGUUAAGUCAGAACAAGAGGAUAAACCUGUUAAGGAGGCAGAGCGGGAGAUGGAAGGAGAACGGGAGGUGGCUUCCCCAGGCUUUUCCCAGCCUUGUUCAUACUUCCUGCUGGAUAAAGACUCCGAUGACAGCGGCCCCACCGAAAAAGGUGCAAGCAAGGAGAGCACUGAUAAUGCAAGAGGAGGACUAAAAGAUGAAAACAAAUCAUUUGCUGCAUCCAAGUAUGAACCGUAUGAGAAGCCCAUCUUUAAAGAUCCUGGCACGAGAGAGGAGACUGAUGUGUUUCCAUCUCAUACUUCAGAAAUCAGCAUGGAUGAUAACAGGAGAGCAAGUCAAACAGAGGCAGCCAUGUUCCAGCCCGGAGAUCAGGUCAAAAAAGAACCUGUGUAUUUAAGUAGAGUUGACGGCAGCCCACUAAGUGAAAGCCACCAACGUGCCUCCCCUAAACAUGAAGACAGAGAGAAGGGGCAAGAAGAAGAGAGCGUGAGAGAGGAAAAACCAGACAUGCCUCUUGCUGGCAAUAGCUUUUCAGCCAUAAACAUGCAAGACAAUAAAAUGUCCCAAGAGUCCUAUAGUCCCAAAGAGGACAAGCCAGAAAAAUCAGAGAAAGAGAAGGGGGAUGUGAAGGAAGGAACUUCUGGAGCUUUUCAAAGAGGUGAAAGGGAUGAUACCCUAUUUGGUGCUGCUACUCAUUCCACAGGGCCACCAUCAGGAGAAGAAUUCUCAGAUGUGAGUGAUGAUGCCUCAGCUACUUCAGCAGGACAUGAAAAGGACAUGGAAAAGAAAGAGAAGGAAAAAUCUGCAGAAUUCCUGAAAGACAGGAUGGAGUUCUCUGAUCACAAAGACUCUCCAUCUGGUCGACAGUCACCAGCAGAAAAAGACUCUUUGCCUCCAGGUGCUUCAUGUUCUGGUAGAGAAGUCCAAGGAAACAGAUCAAGAACAGGCUCAGCCUCCUCUUGUAUAGAACAACAGAUAGAUGACAACAUUCGUGCUUCAGACAUUAGUCAAUCCGUAUCAGAAUUUCCCAUAGGCAAAGAAAACCUUAUAGGUACAAGAUUACUUGUAGAGGGUGAAGAUUUCAGUGUUGGUGAUGAUGAAGACGAGGAUGACGAGGAAGAUGAUUUGAGUGAUGUUGAUAUGGAAAAGGGUGCUAGAGAGCAGUCUGAAAAGGAAACCUGCAGGAGUAGUUCUGAUGAUAAUGUGACAUUAACUUACUCUGAGGACUCAAACAAAACGUCUCCUGAAGUGAGCUUCCUUAAAGCAGAGAUUCCCUCCAAAGUUUCACCUGAUGAUGCCUCAGAUAAUGAAGCCUCUGAGAUGUCAAAGCAGGACACAAGUAAAAAAUUUGCAUCUGGUGACACAAACCGUCUUGAAAAGGAAGACUUCUGUGGAGCAACACCUGCUGAUAUGACUACACUUAGUGACACCAAGAGUGAAAGUGAAACAACACCAUCACCAGGCACAAGCCCUUGUUUGGGUACCCAAACAAAGGAAGUUAAAGACGAAAAUCUUAUCUCCCCUCAGCCAACAACACAGAAAAAGUUGUCAAUUGCUGAGGAUGUUGCUUCAUCUGAGGUACAGCAGUCAAAGAAAAAGGAUGAGGACAAAGCAUCUCUAGCCCCACAGUCGAGUGUUCUGACAAGAGAUCCUUGUCCAUCAUCACCCACAAGCAACGUCAUUAGCAGCUCAGCACCAUCUGACCAGCCAACAUCCACAGCCAUGCCCGCAUCUGAUCUCGUGGCUCUGCAAGCUGGAAGCUAUGCUGAUAUUGGACAGAGCGGACCUAGGGGACACGCUGAGCAUUUUCAAAUAGAGUUCAGUGAAGUAGAUCAAAAGGAUCAGCACUAUAUAACCCAGCCAGUUAGGCUAAGCGAUGAGGAAUAUUACCAAAGAGACACCCAAGAACAAAAUCUGACGACAAGGCAAAGCUCAGAUCUGACUGCAAAAAAGGAGGAUGAGGUUCUCACAUCCACCACUUUGGCAUCCUCGUCUUCAACCAGUGAUACAACCCCCUUCUCGAGUUCUGGCCCUUUGAGUCAACAGUUAGAAGACAAACCUUUUGUCAGCGUAUCAAGCAGGUUAGCGCAAGAGGUGCCAUCAUUUAAUAGUGGAUUUUUAAGCUCAGCUUCUGGUGGCCUUCAGACAGAUGAGUACAUGGAGGUGAUGACUAAACAUACAGAAGAGUAUUUCCAAUCAGAGGAGACCAAAAUGCCGCCUCUGCAACAUACUGACACCUCAAAACUGGCAGAGAUGUCUUUCACAUCCCAAGCUUGUUUUGAUGUCUCUCCACAAAGGGCUGAACCCGAUGACAGGGGAUCCCAACAGACAAAACAUGACAAAGACCCUGCCCCCUUACAAUAUGACCCUGAAUGUCAAAAAAUGGAAGUAGUGACGCAAACAGCUCAACAUGCCGCCCUAGGCUCUUCAGCUAGUUGUGCUAUGAAUACCUCAUGUGCCAUCACCGACCUGCCCAGAGCAGAGGAAGGCAAAGAGAAAAGUGAGAAGAUAUCUGGGGCUGAAAAGGAGGAGAAGACUAUCGACAGUAAAGUGGAAAAGGAAAUAAGUAAAACAGCAGAAGGACAAGCAGAAGCAAGGUCACUUGUAGAGAAGCUGUGCAAAGACAGUGCUGAACUGAUAAAACCUUCAGAGCCAAAGAUGAGUGAAAACGAAGAUACCAAGAAGGAGGACGGAGAAGCCAAAAGUCCAGAGGAAAAAGAAGGCUUUUUGGAUAAGCUACAGGAGAGAUUAGAGGUAAGGCGAAAGAGCAGUAUAUCUGAUUGGGAGCUGCUACAGAGGCCUGAUGAUUUCCCAAGUGCCCCUCCACCAGGUUAUGGUGACCAAGAGGAGAAAGCAACUGAAGCCUUUGAAUGGAUGGCGAGCAUCCACGGUGCCUCUCUUUUGUCCCCAAAAGCAACCUCUUCCACAGAAGCAUCGAGCAAAGCAAAAACUUAUCGUCCAUCCAAUUUGAAUACCAGUUCCACUUCGCCCUCCCCUCUGGUGGACUCCUCCUAUGAAUAUAAACAGCGUAAAGGAGAACUCUCUCCCUCCUUCAUCAACCCUAGUCCACAUCAGUUCUCUGGUGAUGAGGGCGAAGAGGACAACCGAAGUGACCACUCCCAGGAAGAAAGAGAUGCAGAUCAUGAACAAAGAUCAUUAAAAAGGAAGUCACACAAGCAGAAGCGCCACACUCAUGGAGAUGCUGGUCAUCAGUUUUCCUGUGCUGCUUCACAUGGGCUGACCGGAACGUUAGCUGGAGAGGAGACACCUCCUACGUCAGUGAGCGAGUCAUUGCCUUCACAGUCGGAUUCCGAUGUCCCACCAGGAACAGAGGAGUGUCCGUCCAUCACCGCAGAAGGUAACCUGGACUCAGAUGAAGAGGCUGAACAUCUGCCCGUGGACAAACUGUCUGCUUCUGGUGCUGCCAGUGGCCAACGUCCCCCCAUCACCGGGGCAGCUCAGAAAACGCAUGAUCCAUUUCCCACCUCCACGAAAGACCCUCCUCCACAACCUCCCCAUCCAGAUGUGUGCAUGGUGGAUCCAGAGGCUUUUCUUCUUGAUGCCAGUAGCACAGAAAAACUUCCCAGGAAAGACCACAAGACCACCAGGAGCCUCAGAAAGGCCAAACCCAAAUCGGCCUCCCCUGUUCGGAAGGGGGAAGUCAGGAAGAGGUCCUCCACUCCAGUGAAGCAGGCCCACAAGGACUCGGCCUCGCCCCGAUCAACCUCCCUCAGGAGAAAAGACCCAGAGAGGAGCUCCAAGCUGGUCAAGAUGUCUGAGAACCAAGGUUCACGCAGCGAUAUCCUAAAUCCUGGGAAGGGCCUUGUCAAUGGAGUGAAGAGCGGUGCAGGAAACAACUCUCAGAAAACCACUUCAGCUGUUCCUCCUGGUCCGCCAGUCUAUGUGGACUUGGCCUACGUGCCCAACCACUGCAGUGCCAAGAAUGUGGACCAAGAGUUUUUCAAGAGAGUGCGGGCGGCGUACUAUGUGGUGAGCGGGAAUGACCCGAGUGGCGGGGAACCGAGUCGCACAGUCCUAGACGCCCUGCUGGAGGGUAAAUCUCAAUGGGGCUCCAACCUGCAGGUCACUCUGAUCCCGACCCAUGACACGGAGGUGACCAGAGACUGGUACCAGCAGACCCACGAGAGGCAGCAGGACCUGAACAUCAUGGUCCUGGCCUCCAGCAGCACCGUUGUCAUGCAGGACGAGUCUUUCCCGGCCUGCAAGAUUGAGUUUUGAGCCUGGCGUCUCGCUCUUACCCGUCCGGACCCUCCUCACUCUCUUGCUUCCUCUCUUGCCCAUCAUUGAGUGUGACCGAGCUGCUCCUCGCUUCUUCAAAGCGGUACCAAACCAUUUGCUCAGUAAUGCUUAGCUCUGGUUCUUACCUCUCAUGCUAAUACAAGUGCUAAUAUUUGGAUGUGAAUUUAAGAUAUGAAAAGCAACAUUCGUCUCUUCGCAAAAACACUUAGCAGUAGAGUAAUUGUCAAAAUCAGUGAAGACGCAUCAUUAAAUACAAUAUGAUUCAUCAGCAAAAAAUUAUUACAUGAAUGAAUACUUUUGUUUCGCUAUUAUCAAAAAAAAAAGUUGUAAAAAAUUAACUGAACUUGACUUUUCUGGGAGAUAACUAAGCACACUGACCACUUUAUUAGGUACACCUGCUCAAUCAAAUGUUUAUGACUGUAUUACAUUUAAUAUUAUUUUUACAGUGGAACACAUUUAAGUCGGUCUCGCUUUUGCUGACAACAAGUCUACGGUGACCAGCUCAUCAAAUCCCAAGUAUGCUGUGUUCUUAUUGCUAAAAACUGCCCGCUUAAGUUGACAUGCACGCCUACAGGUGUUCCCAAACUUUUGAAGGGGAGUGUACAUGGUUGAUCGUUUUUGUCAGCAUAAAAUUUGAGAGCCAAACUGGGUCCAUUUAUGUCGGCAUGUGUUGCAGUAUUGUUAACUUCAUCACGAUCGCAAAGCAGCGUGAAGCGUCUACUGUCAAGUUACACAGCAUGAAACCUUGCUCACAGUGACUUCCUGUUCAGUACACUUCAAAAUAAAAGCAAUGGCGGUAUUCGCCUGGAUUCAGUAACCGCUUGUGUCGACCACUGCAUUAUAUAUACUUUGUGAAUCUCGAAAGGCGCUAUUUCAUUGCUAUUAUUAUAGUUAUGUUAUUUUUAUACUGCGUAAAAAUUGUGCAGGUGUUCCCGAUAAAGCGUCGUCUGAUGAGUGAAAUCCUGAUGAUGUUUCAGCACUGAUGACCUCGCUGCUGCUGGCUGCAUCGGUUCUUUUUAAUGAGCGGUCACACUGAAUAAUUGUCGGUGGAGAUGUUGGAAGACAACACAGGUGUUGUUUGAUGUCAUUUGUGCAGCAAAUGUAGCAACCUGUGUUUCAAAGUGUGGAAAAGCUCGUCUUUGCUUGUUUUCCGGUGACAAAAUGUGCAAAAUGAGAGCGAAAAUACCGCAGGACAGGACAGAAAAGACAGAAAAGAAAAAAAUACAUGGUACUAUGAGAAUAAAGUUGUAUGUUUUGAGGAAAAAAAAGUUGUAUGUACAAUAUACAACUUUUUUUUAAGUUUAGAUUUUAUUAGAUUUUAUUUUUGAUUUUUUUUUUAAUAAAAAAGGUUGUAUAUUUUUGAGAAAAUUGUUUUUUUGGGGGCGGCGGCACAGAACAAGAUUACCGUAAUUUCCGCAACUUUUUUCUCACACUUUGAACCCUGCGGUAAAGUGAUACGGCUCAAACUACAUUUCCCAUGAUGCUAUAGGUAGAAUGCAGCUUCAGGAAGUAGUGAUGUGGGCGAGUGAAGUGGAAGCUAAUAUGUAAAAUAAUAUGCAGCGAUAUCAGAAGCAACUUAAUUAAGUUUGAUCAAGUGUAGAAUAAGUACAACUUCUGCUUGGACUGCUCGGACUUCCAACAGUCCCCAAUCACCAAUGGGUUUCGAAAGGCCGGACUAUUGCGUGAUGGAGAUGAUAUGUCAAGUUAAAUGGUUAAUUCGCCUAGAGGCAAAAGUCACAACUAGAGUGACAACGAAAGAGAGAGAGAGAGACUGACAAAGUGUGUGAUGAAGGAAUUAUGAGGCUGCUCAGUUGUGAUGCUGAAGAAGAUGAACAGUUUAUUUCCCACGAGGAGGAGGAGGACGGCGAUGAAUGACCUUUCUAGUAGGCAACUGUUUAACUAGCCAUAUUGCACGCACUGUUAUGUUUAUUUAAUCAAAAGUUGUAAAAAAUCUUUGCGUGUAACAUCUUUCUGUGUACUAAAUAUUUCAUGUUACGACGUAGACACCUGCGGCUUAUAUAUACUGUAUAUGUACACAUUUUUGUUUCUCUUAGUAGAUGCGGCUUACAUAUCGGUGCGGAAGUCCGGAAAUUACGGUAAAGAGACUUCUUUCUCAAGAAAAAAAAAUUAUUUAUUGUAAAAAAAAAUAUUUCUUGAAAAUAUACAAGUUUUUAUGUGAUUUUUUUUUUCUCAAAACUGCAUAGCUUUUUUUUUUAUAUACAACAUUAUUCUUCACUGUUGUAUAAUUUGGUCUUUUCAGUGCAGCCCCAAUGCUCUUCUGCACUGUACAGACAGUAGAGUCGAUUCAUAGACAUGGACUCGUGUGGCCUGGUGAACUGUUUGAUUCUUGUAUAAAGCUAAUAGAAGAAACUAGAAUGCACUUUUUGAGAAAGGGCGCCCGGGGGUGUUUAAUUGUUUGUAUUGAAGCACAGUGAUGACCUCAACUAUGUACCCCACUGCACAUGUGACAUUGUAAUGUAAAUAAUAAUAGUAUUAAUAACUGAGCUUGCUAGCAACAGAUGGUAUCAUGAAUAUUUACAUGAGUGUGAAUGUUCCAGACAACACUUGUUGGAAUGUGUGUGUGUGUGUGUGUAUGGGUGUGUGUGUGUGUGUGUGCAUAGGACACACACUGAGGAGUUUAGUUUUUUAAUACAGCAUGCCUGACAUGGGUUGCUGGGAACGUCUUACCGCUAAUUUAUUUUCUUUUCAGUUCUCUACAAGGAGAUUCUGAUAUAACAUUUUCAAACUUUGAGACACUUUAUUGUAUUUAGUGUUAAAUUAACACUAAAAUGACGACUCACUGAAUAUGAUUCACACAUCCGAUGACAACGUCAACGGCAUUUUCCUUUCCCGCCUUUGACACAGAUUCUGCUUUCCAGAAAAAUCCAGCAAAGAAAUAUCUCAGUUUGACGAGACAAGGUCAUUAAUCAAAAGGUUCCUGGUGAUAAAGUCAAUGUCAAUGCAAAACAAGGUUGUUAAGCAUCAGCAGUAACAUCAAACCUAACCUACAAUCAGAGGCGUUUCUCCCUAAGGGUCUCGCAGCCACUAGGGGGUCCCUAAACCCCCAUCAGCUGUUAGCUGCUUAGGGACCACAAAUGUCCACAACCUACUGCCUAGACAGUGGAACCCGCUUAAGUCGACAACCCGUGUAUGUCGAACACUCAUCAAGUCCCGGUCCGCGAUGUUAUUAUCAUUAAAAAGUGUCCAUUAAUCCAAUGUCAACAUACAUGGUCAACCGCUUUUGUCAAAAUAAAACUUUAAUUAAAUUUCUAUUAAAAAUUGUUCCGUUUUAUGUCGACGUGUAGUAUUCCUUAUUAUCGCUAAUCCGCAACAUAACUAUGUCUUGUUACACAGCAUUAAGACACGCACACAGUGACUUCCUGUUCAGUGCAAAAUAAGCUUGAAAAUGAAAGCAUGGCACUUUUAACCUGGAUUCUUCGGCUAUUUCUUUUUUUUUCUUUUUUUAGAUGUUGGCCACUGGAACAAAGAUUUGCGCGUGUACCAUAACUUUAUUGUCAUUGUAGUCAACCCAUACAAAAAAAUAGCACAGUACUUCUGUUAGAUAAGACUAUAAACUAUUGUAACAUGGGUGAAAUGAGGAUGAAGCACAUAUCAGCCUUUUGUUGGUGUCACAGCAGGGUAUACCGGCAAGACGCACGCCACACUUCCAAAGUGACCAAUAUGGCUCGCCAGCUCUUCUUCUUCUCUGCUGUUCUGGCUCAAACUUGCAAGCAAACGCCACUGCCCCGCAUAGCCCAACCCCUGAACCACAGCUUGGACCCAUACACAAUACUCCUGUCGCUACAGUAUCAUAUGAAAAGUGAAGAAUCAAAAUACAAAUAUGCACAAAUGGAGGGAAACCAUGUCAACAAACUGCCGUAGGUUAAAAAAUAAUCCUUUAUUAUUGCCCAUUGUCCUUAUGUCUCUGGACAAACACAAGUAAAUGGUUAGUUUUGCUUUGGAGUUCCGCUACUGUAUGUCAACAACUGCUUAUUUUGAUGUCAGUCAGCUAGUCCGAGGGGCGUCGAGAUGAGCGGGUUCCACUGUAGUACCGUCAGUGUUGUGUGAUGGAAACCUCUCAGUGCCUAGAUUUCACAAGGAGGUGUUCCGUCUCCCGUUUCCUUGUCGACGGUCUGAAAUGUUCCAGUUUUCUGGAAUGCAGCAAACAACUUCCUUGAAAAAGCGUCAAAGUUUCAAGUUAGCUGAAGUAAAAUAGUCCGGCUGUGAGUGAAGAGUCGGGCCGAGAUGUGAAGUAUUUUUGUGAAUGUAAAUGCUGUUGGAUUGAAAGCGUAGACAAGACACAAACAAGGAUCGAUAGAAAUGGACUUAGUGCAACUGUUCUAACGAGCCAAGUCGGGUUUUUGGCGGACAGAACCAAUGCCUGACUUCGGCUGCAACCUUUCCUGAAUAUGACUUGAACACACAUGCAGAGUCCAAACACGUACAUGAAUGUACCGUGCACACACUUGUACAUAUCAACAACAACAACAACAACAACAACAACAAGCGCAGUUUUUCAUGCACAAAAACAUCAUCUAAUCCUUCUGCAUGUGACUUAUUUAGUUAGAAUCCUGAAUGUAAUUGUUUAACAUGGAAGUACUACUACGCAACUUUGAUGCUAUUUUAAAGGUCUGACAAACGCUUACUUGUGGAAAAAAAACAACCUUCUCUUCUUCUGGGCUGUGCUUCUGUUUGUUUACGUCGUUACCGAGCUGACGCUGUAUAACUAACUUUGUUUAACGUUUGUUUGGCAACUUAUAACAACCCUCUUCAGAUAUUUCAACUUGUCUCUUUCUCUCUGGUACAAGUAGAAGUGCUGCAGAUUCAGUCCUUGUAAAAGGAAGCCAGCCUGGUGAUCAUCCAUUAAAGUACCCUCAACUCUGAAA